AUGCAUAGCGACGAAGAGGAAGAGAAGAAAAGCGUGUGGCAGCUGUUUCUGCUGACUGUGUGCAUUGGCGGGCUCCAAAUUGCUUGGACGGUGGAAUUGUCCAAUGGCUCACCGUUUCUUUUAUCACUGGGCAUCAGCAAGUCCAUUAUGGCAUUGGUAUGGAUUGCUGGUCCGCUUUCCGGGAGUUUGGUCCAACCAUAUGUUGGGAUGCGAAGCGAUAACUCCCGAAUCUCCUGGGGCAAACGAAGACCCUUUAUGAUUGGAGGCACCAUAGCCACUAUUAUAUCGUUACUGCUUCUGGCGUGGACCAAAGAAAUUAUACAAGGGCUGGUACGAGUUACAGGUGGAGACCCAAACAGCCGUGGCACACAGAUUGGAGCCAUUGUGUUUGCCGUGUGCUUCAUCUACAUACUUGAUUUUGCGGUCAAUGUUGUCCAAGCCGCAAUUCGUGCCUUUAUCGUUGACAAUGCACCGAGUCAUCAGCAAGAGACGGCGAAUGCGUGGGCCGGAAGAAUGACUGGUGUUGGAAAUGUGUUGGGAUACCUUUCCGGUUAUGUCAACCUCCGCAAGGCAUUUCCCUUUUUCGGACAAACGCAAUUCCAGAUCCUUUGCGUAAUCGCAUGUCUGGCCUUGGGCGUAUCUGUGGCGCUCAGCAGCGUCUCAAUAAAGGAACGCGACCCCCGUCUCGAAGGACCAGCGCCUAAGGGCCAAGCCGGGCUUAUCGCCUUUUUCAGGCGAAUACUUGUGUCGAUCAAGCGAUUGCCGCCGCAGAUUCGAAAUAUCUGUCUCGUGCAAUUCUUUGCCUGGGUCGGCUGGUUUCCGUUUCUCUUCUAUAUUACAACAUAUAUUGGCGGCCUCUACACCGACCCUAUCUUUCGAUCAAAUCCUCAUCUGACCGAUGACGAUAUCAACAAGGCCUGGGAGAAGGCCACACGCGUCGGCACUUUUGCUUUGUUUGUCUUUGCCUGCGUCUCACUGGCAGCCAAUGUUGUCCUACCAUUUAUCAUUCCGUGGCUCACCCUUCGCCGCGCCUGGUUGCUGUCCCACGUGCUCUUUACCGUGUGCAUGUGGCUGACGCUGGCCGUAAGCACUCCAACCGGCGCUACUGUGCUUGUCGGUGUCGUUGGCAUUUGCUGGGCUCUGACUUUGUGGGCACCAUUUGCCCUCAUUAGUGCCGAGAUUGCCAAGCGCGAGACUCUGCGCCGCAGCCAACUAAGGCGACUCAGCGGCGGCAGAGGCGGCUCCCAUGGUCAGGGGUCCGACGAGUCGGAGGACCAGGCUGGUAUCAUUCUCGGUCUGCACAAUGUCGCCAUGUGUGCGCCGCAGGUCAUUGCCACAGUUGCAAGUAGCUUCAUCUUUCGGUUCUUGCAAAAGCCGCGUGGUGUUCCUGGAGAUGGCAGUGUCGCCUGGGUGCUCCGCAUUGGUGGUCUCUCUGCGCUCAUUGCUGCCUAUAUGGUGACACGAAUCAAUGAAGACAAGUCUUCGAUGGUUCCCGCAAGUUCCUCAUCCUCUGAUGAAGAGGACAUUGUCUAG